AGAGAGAGAGAGAGAGAGAGAGAGAGAGAGAGAGAGAGAGAGAGAGAGAGAGAGAGACGCAUGGUAAUGGGAAGUUCGGGAUCAAAGCUGGAAAAGGCGCUAGGGGAUCAAUUUCCCGAAGGAGAGCGGUACUUUGGAUUGGAAAACUUUGGCAACACUUGCUACUGUAAUAGCGUCCUACAGGCCCUAUAUUUUUGUGUUCCUUUUAGGGAUCAAUUGCUGGAGCAUGCUAGCCGCAGUAAAGGUUCCGGAGAGACAGAUGAUAAUCUUUUGACAUGCUUGUCGGAACUUUUUACUCAGAUAAAUUCGCAAAAGAAGAAGACAGGAGUUAUCGCCCCUAAGCGUUUUGUCCAAAGGGUGAAGAAGCAGAAUGAGCUUUUUCGGAGCUAUAUGCAUCAGGAUGCACACGAGUUUCUGAAUUUUCUGUUGAACGAACUGGUUGAUAUUCUUGAGAAAGAGGCUAAGGCAUCUUCGAAACCUACGUCUGGCCAAGUGCACCCUGACAAGUUGGCUAAUGGCACUGCCAAUGGAAUAGCAAAUGGCAAUCAUCCUCACCCAGUGGUUACAUGGGUGCACAAAAUUUUUCAGGGAACACUGACAAAUGAAACAAGGUGCCUGAGAUGUGAGACCAUAACGGCCAGAGAUGAGACGUUUUUAGAUCUGAGUCUUGAUAUCGAGCAAAACAGUUCUAUCACAAGCUGUCUACGUAAUUUUAGCUCCACAGAGACACUGAAUGCCGAGGAUAAAUUUUUCUGCGACAAAUGCUGCAGUUUGCAAGAAGCACAGAAAAGAAUGAAGAUUAAAUCUCCUCCUCGAAUACUUGCUCUUCAUCUGAAGCGUUUCAAGUACAUUGAACAGUUGGGGAGGUACAAGAAACUGUCAUACCGAGUUGUGUUUCCACUGGAGCUGAAACUCUGCAAUACAACUGAUGAUGCUCCUGGUUCUGAAGCAGAAUACUCCUUGUUUGCCGUUGUGGUUCACGUCGGAAGUGGACCUAAUCAUGGGCAUUAUGUUAGUCUGGUAAAGAGCCACAACCAUUGGCUAUUUUUUGAUGACGAAAAUGUGGAGAUCAUUGAUGAAUCAGUCGUCCAGACAUUUUUUGGUUCUACUCAAGAGUACUCGAACAACACAGACCAUGGUUAUAUCUUGUUUUACGAAAGCCUAGAGCAGAAACAUUGAUAUGAAGUUGACUCUUGGUAACAGUUUGUCAGUCGCUUUCACUCCUUUGUGCCAUUGUGUAAGAGUUAUACGAGUGGCUAAUUUACAGCCUAAAGCACAUCAGUGCUAGAGUUCACUUUUUGAAUAUGAUCGGGAGGAACGGGAUAUGUAAGUUUCAAGGUUUGCUUUCAGCUUUAUUAUGUCAAGCCAGCUAAGAGCAAAGAGCUAGCAAAGCUGUUGGAAGUGAGGUUUCAAUAGCCUGAGAGUUUCAAAGUUGUCAAAUUUAUGGGCAAUCAGCGCCCAGCGAAGAGUAUAGAGGCAUCUCAGGAAGCUCAAAACUUCCACGAUAUGCUUGUCUUUUCCAUAUAUGACACAGCUGUCAGUCGAGGGCGUUAGCAGCUUCUGUCGUCGAGGUUAAGAUGUAUUUCUUAGUUGAGAACAAAACUGUCCUGGCACCAAUUGCAACUUACUUCAAUGGACAGGCUUAUUUAUAUGUUGAUAAACUGAAAUAUUGACUUGGUAGCGUAGAUCAUUGAGGGCAAUAGAAAACUUUCAGUAGGGCUGUAAUGUCGUGGGACAUCGGCUAGUUGUACAUACACACUUCAUGCCUGUCGGCAUUGAGAAAUUUUAGCUUGCCUUCUCAUCUUGAUCCUAGCAUCAAAAUGUGCUAAGGUGGGGCGGGGAGGUAUAUCAACUGUUCCAUAACAGGUAGGGCCUUUUUUGUUCAGCUUCUCCUCUAGCCAAGUGACCUGCAUUGAAUGAAUCAGAAGAAUACGUUUCGUAUUAGACUCUUUCCUGAAUGAUAAGAAACCAUUGAAACUUGUGCAGAUUAUACCUGACUAAGAAUCUAUGUUUCUGAUGUCAUUAAUUUUUUGAAAGUGAU